AUAUAUGUAUAUAUCAUCUCAUGAUCAUAUUGCGGAAAACUACAUAUUUUCUCUUUGAAGAUGGAACUUUGAAUUCGAUUUUUCGUGUUUAGUUUUGUGGUGAAGUUUAGUGAAUGAUGGAGAAGGCAAGAAACAGCAAACAAGAAAUGGAGAAGGAUGUCGAGAUGUUUUCGAAAGAAAAACCUGAUGAAGAAACCAUAGUCGAAAAUGCAAAUUUAAAGAUCGAUUUGCCGAAGAAAACGAGAAAAGCUACAAAGCAAAACCCUAAACCAAAGGUAACUGUUCCUCAGCCAUUCAGUUUAGCAACAGAGCAAAGAAGGAUGAGAGAUCAAAGGAGGGGAUCAAGUAUGGAUUUCAAGGAACCCAAACCACUUCUUUCCAAAUCUCCCAGUUUGAUGAAUCACAAAACUGGGAGUCCAUCGAAUAAGACAAGUCUAAAGCCAAAAGUUCGGAUCAACGAGAAGGUUGAUACACCCAUAGAGCAUGUAGGAGAUAAAAUGAAGCAUAUCCCAAAGGAAAAUCCGACGUUCAAGGCCCUACCGUUGCCAAACUUCUAUCGACAAAAAAACCCUCCUUGGAAAUCAGAAACCAAGAAGAUGGUCGUUACACGGUCAAAAUCUCUAGUGCUUGGUGAUCAAGUGAAGACGUUAUCGAAAUCCAAUAGCAACAAGAUAGAAGGGAAUGCUAGUAGGGUUACGAGGGGAGGAGCAAAGGAAACCAUAAGCAAAGUACUGAUCAAAACCGCUAAGAAUUCUCUUCGAGCUAUCGAAAAAGAAACCGUCAAAAAAUUGGUGUGAUCAAAUGCUUAUGCAUUUCCCCGUACCCCACUUCACGUGGGAUUUAUUGGUUUCGUUUGAUUUAAUUAGAUGC